AAGAUGAAGAAAAAAAUUGUAAAAAGAGAUUGGGUCUUGUGAAGGUUGGGAUCCAACUGAAAUGGGUGCAUCACUCUCUGUUCCUGUGAGAAAAUGCAUCAGAUCUCUCCCACAUCCCCUAAUCUCUCUUUGAUCCAAACUCUAUAAUUCUCAGAUCUCCACCUCAUCACAAUAACCCAAAAACUAAAUCAAAGAAGAAGGAUGUAUAUGGCAUAUGGAUGGCCCCAGGUGAUCCCACUGGAACCAGGGCUCUGCCCAUCUUCCCAGCGGAUCAUCUACCUCAAAGUCAUCAAUCGCCUAUUGUUAGUCGUCUCCCCCUCUCAUUUAGAGCUUUGGAGCUCUUCCCAGCACAAGGUGAGAUUGGGAAAGUACAAGAGGAGUUCGGAUUCGGUUCAGCGCGAGGGAGAGAAUUUGCAGGCUGUGUGGAGCCCUGAUGCCAAGUUAAUCGCUGUUCUUACGUCGUCUUUCUUUCUUCACAUUUUUAAGAUUCAGUUUACAGAGAAGAGAAUACAGAUUGGAGGAAAGCAACCCUCUGGUUUGUUUCUUGCUUCUAUAUCUCUUCUUCUAAGUGAGCAGGUGCCUUUUGCAGAAAAGGACUUGACAGUGAGCAAUAUUGUAUGCGAUAAUAAAAAUAUGCUACUUGGACUUUCUAAUGGAUCUUUAUAUAGCAUCUCUUGGAAGGGGGAGUUUUAUGGAUCAUUUGAACUUGAUCCCUACCGACAUGAUAGCAGUGAAAUUACUCAACUGCCAAAGUCUCUUGAUAAUGGUUGUGCUUUUGGUGGGGCUUCAAGAGUUAUUAUCUCUGAGAACAAUAUCUCCAGGAAGUCUGCCAUUAUCCAGUUGGAGCUUAGUCUUCCAUUGAGGUUGCUAUUGGUGUUAUAUUCUGGUGGACAACUAUUGUCGUGUUCAGUAAGUAAGAAAGGUGUAAAGCAAGCUGAAUCUAUUAAAGCUGAAAAAGAGUUGGGUUCUGGUGAUGCUGUAUGUGCUUCAGUAGCUUCUGAACAACAAAUCCUUGCUGUUGGUACCAGAAGAGGGGUUGUUGAGUUAUAUGACCUGGCAGAAUCUGCAUCACUUAUUCGUACUGUGUCUUUGUAUGACUGGGGAUAUGCAAUGGAUGAUACUGGCUCUGUCAGUUGUAUUGCAUGGACACCUGAUAAUUCAAGUUUUGCAGUUGGGUGGAAGUUAAGAGGACUUACAGUUUGGUCUGUUUCUGGGUGCCGUUUAAUGUCAACGAUCCGUCAAAUUGGUUUAAGUUCCGUAUCUUCUCCAAUGGUUAAGCCACACCAGGAGAGUAAGUAUGAACCUUUGAUGGGUGGCACCUCACUGAUGCAGUGGGAUGAAUAUGGAUAUAGGCUUUAUGCUAUUGAGGAAGGAUCUUCUGAGAGAAUUCUUGCAUUUUCUUUUGGCAAAUGUUCCCUAAACAGAGGAGUUUCAGGCACAACAUAUGUCCGCCAAGUGAUUUAUGGUGAAGAUCGGUUGCUUGCUGUGCAGUCAGAAGAUACCGACGAACUGAAAAUGCUCCAUCUUAACCUUCCAGUUUCAUACAUCUCCCAAAAUUGGCCAGUCCAACAUGUGGCCGCUAGCAAGGAUGGAAUGUACCUAGCAGUUGCUGGUCUCCAUGGGUUAAUUUUGUACGAUAUACGGUUGAAAAAAUGGCGAGUUUUUGGAGAUGUUACUCAGGAACAAAAGAUUCAGUGCAAAGGUUUGUUAUGGGUGGGGAAGAUCGUUGUCGUCUGCAACUACAUUGAUUCUUCUAACACGUAUGAAUUGCUCUUUUAUCCUAGAUAUCACCUUGAUCAGAGCUCACUACUUGGUCGGAAACCAUUGAUUGCCAAACCAAUGGUGAUGGAUGUCUAUCAAGAAUACCUUCUUGUCACGUAUCAGCCUUUUGAUGUCCACAUUUUCCAUGUGAAUUUAUUAGGUGAAUUGACACCUUCUAGCACCCCAGAUUUACAGCUUUCUACAGUACGGGAACUCUCAAUCAUGACAGCAAAGAGCCAUCCUGCAGCUAUGCGUUUUAUCCCUGAUCAGCUUCCGAGAGAGAGCAUCCCAAACAAUCAUGUGUCUUCCUCUUCAGAUCUGUUACUUAGAGAGCCUGCAAGAUGUUUGAUAUUGAGGGCAAAUGGGGAGCUUUCACUUCUUGAUUUGGAUGAUGGACAUGAAAGGGAGCUUACCGACUCCGUUGAAUUAUUUUGGGUCACUUGUGGUAAAUCAGAGGAGAAAACAAAUUUAAUUGAGGAAGUUUCAUGGUUAGAUUAUGGUCACCGAGGGAUGCAGGUUUGGUAUCCAUCUCCUGGUGUUGACCCUUUUAAGCAGGAGGAUUUCAUGCAGUUGGAUCCGGAGCUGGAAUUUGAUCGUGAGAUAUAUCCCCUGGGGCUUCUUCCAAAUGCUGGUGUUGUUGUUGGUGUUUCCCAGAGAAUGUCAUUUUCAGCGUGCACAGAGUUUCCAUGUUUUGAGCCUACUCCUCAAGCUCAAACUAUACUUCAUUGCCUACUUCGACACCUUCUUCAGAGGGACAAAAGGGAGGAGGCUUUAAGAUUGGCGCAAUUAUCAGCAGAAAAGCCUCAUUUUUCGCAUUGUCUGGAGUGGCUUCUUUUCACUGUAUUUGAUACUGAAAGAACCAGGCAAAAUGUAAACAAGAACCACAUCUCAGUCCCUAAAUAUUCUAACAAUUACUCUCUUCUGGAGAAGACCUGUGAUUUGAUCAGAAAUUUCCCCGAGUAUUUUGAUGUGGUUGUAAGUGUUGCAAGAAAAACCGAUGGUCGACAUUGGGCGGAUUUGUUCUCUUCUGCUGGACGAUCAACAGAGCUGUUCGAGGAAUGCUUCCAGCGGAGAUGGUACCGUACUGCUGCUUGCUAUAUACUUGUGAUUGCUAAACUUGAAGGUCCUGCCGUCAGCCAGUACUGUGCUUUACGCUUAUUACAGGCAACGCUUGAUGAAUCAUUAUAUGAACUUGCCGGGGAGCUGGUAAGGUUCUUGUUAAGAUCUGGAAGGGAAUAUGAACAGGCAUCUACAGAUUCAGAAAAAUUAUCUCCUAGAUUCUUGGGCUAUUUUGUAUUCCGUUCUAGUCUCCGGAAUCAGUCCUUGGAGAAAAGCAGCUCCUUCAAAGAGCAGAGUGCUCAUGUUACUUCUGUUAAGAAUAUCUUAGAAAGCCAUGCUAGUUAUUUAAUGUCAGGGAAAGAACUUUCCAAGCUUGUUGCGUUUGUAAAAGGCACUCAGUUUGAUUUAGUGGAGUAUCUUCAAAGAGAAAGAUAUGGAUGUGCUCGCUUGGAGAACUUUGCUUCAGGGCUUGAACUAAUUGGGCAAAAGCUUCAAAUGGGUAUCUUGCAGAGCCGGUUGGAUGCAGAAUUCCUUUUGGCUCAUAUGUGCUCUGUCAAGUUCAAGGAGUGGAUAGUUGUGUUGGCUACACUUUUAAGACGGUCUGAGGUUCUUUUUGAUCUUUUCCAGCAUGAUACGCGGCUAUGGAAAGCAUAUGGCAUUACCUUGCAGUCGCAUCCUGCAUUUGCUGAAUACCACGAUCUGCUUGAAGACUUGGAAGAGAAACUUUCAUCAGUUGCGAAUUUGGAGAAGUGAGGGCAGAUUUGGAUUUCCAAUCCUAGACUCUUAACAACAAAUUUUGCUAAUUCAAUGGGAACAUUUCCUUGGCCGGAGCAAAUUUCAGUCAAUGUCCCAUACAAAUGACCAAGCAUCCAUAUGUGGAAUGGAGCGGACAAUGAGCUCUUGGAAUCCAAAUCACGGCGUCCCGCUCCGUUUAGUUUAACCAUUUCAAUAAAAAACUAUAGUAUUGCUGGUCUCAUUGGAAUUACAGAAUCCUUGUUUCUUGUAGACGAGGAACAAAACCCGACAUGGGGAGACCAUAUUCACAGCUUGUUUUUUAAUUUUGUUUUAUUGUUUAUUUGUUAUUUUACAUGUGUAUAAUUUCUACCCAUAUAGAGAUAGAGCCUUUGAUCG